CGGGAGCUGACUUACCAGCAAACAGUUGAUGCCGUGAACAAGGGAGUUGAGAAGUGGGAGGCCCGCUUGGGAAAGGACGACCCGAUUGUGAUUGAUGACUACCAGAAUGCCCAGUACUAUGGUGAGAUCUCCGUGGGGACUCCUGGCCAGAAGGAGAUGGUGAUUUUCGACACUGGCUCCGCAAACUUGUGGGUGCCAAACACCCGGCCGUUCUUGUCCCAAAAGAACAUCUAUGACCAUUCCAAAUCCUCGACCUACAAGAAGAAUGGCACCACCUUUGCCAUUCAGUACGGCUCUGGGCCUGUGUCUGGUGUCUUCUCCGCCGACACUGUGACAAUCGGAGACUUGCAAUUGAAGGACUACACCUUUGCUGAGGUGGACAAGACUUCGGGAUUGGGCCUGGGCUAUCGUUUGGGCAAGUUUGACGGAAUCCUUGGUUUGGGUUGGGAUUCCAUCUCAGUGGGUCAUGUGCCUACCCCCAUGAAUGCCCUGGUGAAAUCGGGACAGCUUCCAGAGCCUGUCUUCGCCUUCUACCUGGGAAACAAGCAGCCAGGUGAGUUGGUUUUUGGAGGUGUUGAUCCCAAGCACUACACCGGAAGCUUCUCCUUUGUUCCAUUGAGCUCUGAGUCCUAUUGGGAAAUCAACUUGGAUGGCGUGAAGCUUGGGUCCCAGUCGGUGUCCAGCACCAAGAGCGCCAUUGUGGAUUCAGGAACUUCUCUUUUGGCAGGUCCCAAGUCUGAGGUCUCGCAGAUUGCCGCAAAGCUUGGUGCCAAGUCGAUCUUGGGUAAGGAGUACGUGGUGGACUGCAGCGCCAAGUUGCCAGAUUUGACCUUCACCCUCGGUGGCAAGGACUACACCUUGAAGCAGGCUGAUUUGAUUUUGCAGGCUUCAGGUUCUCAGUGUGUUUUGGGUCUGACCGGCCUGGAUGUGCCACCACCUCGUGGUCCGCUUUGGAUCCUUGGUGAUGUCUUCAUGCGCAAGUACUACGUCCAGUUUGACUGGGGUCAGAAGCGUCUUGGCUUCGCCACAGCAGCACAGGCUGAGGAGAAGACUGAGAUGCAGGCAGUCCAUGUGCCUUUGACCAAGCGGGA